AAGUAAAAGGAAAUAACGAGCAGAAACAUGAUACGCCCGGGGCCGCCGAGGGCCUGCGCUUCAUAUAUGGAUUCCGUAUUCCGUACGCAGUCGGCGACUAUCCGUACGAUACCUGUUGUCACUGACUCGCUCUUCGGCCCGAGCACCGAUCCAUCACACAUUGCAGUCCGCUUGGCGCGGAGACAACUCGCGAGUGGCUCAUGCUGCAACAGCAGUUAUAGUCAUGCAACCACCGCCGUGUUGAAGGUGUUUGUGUUUGGGGAUCUGAGCAAAUCAUCCCAAUCAUUCUGUACCAGUCUGCUUCUUAGUGCUUCUGAUUUCUUAGUCACUCCUUUUUGUAUACAUAGCCGAGUAUGAAGGCUUACACGUUGAGUCUCGGACUCUUUGUUGGGCUCGCAGUUGCUCAAAGCGAUUCCACGGCCGAAGAGGUCUUUGGAGCCAUCGACCAGUGCAGCACAACUAACUUUGACCAAUGUCUCAAAGAUUCUACUGCUCCUCAUCGUUGUCUCAAGGUCCAGAAGCUUGCCGAUGAGAUUGUUCAAGACACAUGCGUUUUCAGUUGCCCUGAUCAGUCGCCUUGCCUCACAAAAUGUGGCACAGAUCGUGGAGGUGCAUGGUGUGGUGAAGGAGGCACCUGCUUCUGUGACCAGGGUUGGGACACUGCCCAGCCUGCUCCCGCAGACCCCUAUGACCUCUCAUGGGUGAAGAAGUGGGCUGCUAUCGGCGAUUCUUACUCCGCCGGUAUUGGCUCCGGCUCGCCGUAUCCCAACAGCUCAACCACCUGCGCCCGUUACGACCAGUCGUACCCAGCCUACAUGCACUCCCACGAGCUCAUGCCCGAGUCCGCGGCCUUCGAGUUCCUCGCCUGCUCUGGCGCCACCGCGCCCGAGAUCCUCGCCAACCAGGUCUCCGCGCUGGGCACUGGCUACGACAUCAUCACCGUCAGCGCCGGCGGCAACGACGUCGGCCUGACCAGCAUCCUCAACGCCUGCAUCUUCCAAUGGAACCCCUUUGCCAACUGCCCCGACGAGAUGCAGGCUACCCUGAACCUCAUCCGGGAUACUCUGCCGGGCAACCUGGACAAGCUAUACGCGGGCCUCAAGAGCAAGAUCAACCCGGGCCGCAAGAUUUAUGUCACGGGCUAUGCGAACUUCUUUGACAACACCACGACUGCCUGCGACGACGUCAGCUGGUCUUUCUGGUUCAACAGCGCCAACAAGCAGAAGCUUACUACCGAGCGUAGGACUCUGAUGAACGAGCUCACUACCGCGGUCAACAACGUCAUCGAGGCCGCCGUCAGAAGAGCCGGUUCUUCGUUCGAGUUUGUCAACUAUGAUCAGUACUUCUCCGUGCUUCAGGGCCGUUUCUGCGAGGGUGCCACCAAGGAGCCCAACGGAAACCGCGAUGGCCUGCUCUUCUUUGAAUGGUCCAGCAAGAAUGACGAUACCACACUCGCGAGACGUGAAGCCGAGCCCGAGGUCGCAUCCUUCAACAACGAACAGAUGCUCCCUCGUGCGACCCCCACGAUUGGCGAAAUUGGUGACCCCUCUCUAGAGAUUCGCAGCAGCAAGCUGGGUCUCUUGUCCAUCCUCUCCAAGAGAGCAGGACAGAUCUGGAGCUCCUUCCCGCGGAGGCAAACCACCAAGUCCAACACAAAUACACCCAUGCUGGAAGUCCGUCAGGGCACGGCUGCAUCACCGUCAAUGGAGCAGUACAUCGCCGACCAAAUCACGGAAGCGCGCAAACUCAACUCCAGCCUCGUCAUCUCCCUCGCCGACAACAGCGCGGCCGACCCAGCUUUUAGGGGCCGCAACAACCUCGAGGUCUCCGACUUCAUUGGAGACGAAAUCAAGAGAGUGUUCCACCCGCGUCCCGGCGGCCACGCCGUCAUUGCCAACCUCGUCAUGUGGCGUUUGGCUGAGGAUAACGCUGGAACUGUCGGCGACAAGGAGUUUGGUGCGACGGAGGCUGCAGGUUGUGCUGUUCCUGUGCCGAGCACGCCGUCUAUGCCUGAGACAAUCCCCGGCGUGCUGCCGAAUUGUCAGGCGGCUGCGCUUAAGUGCUUGAACUGCUUGGGUGGUGCGAGUGGUCUUGGUGUGUUUGUUUGCAAUUUCCAGCACCACUCUGAUUGCAAUGCUUGUGGUGGCGGUGAUGGAUGCCCGUGUUAGUCUCAUCGCGGGGGUUGUGGGGAUAAUGACGAGGUCGUAGGUGUGCGAUGGGAAAUAUGGCCAGUGAACUUGAGCUUUCCUUUGUUCUCGUUGAUGCAAAGAUAUCACUUAGUCUACAGUCAAAAUAUUCAUUAGUUCAAACACUCAUGCCGUGAUGUUA